AUGGCGGCUGUGAUGACGCCGACCUGUAGUUUGCUUCCCGAUGAAGGAGUGAAAGCGAUAACUCUCACCAUAAUUGCGAAUUUGUACCAAAACAAUGGACCAGAAGGCUUUUAUGGGUAUGAUGGAACUGGAAAGACUUUUCUUUGGAACUCGUUAUCCGCUUCAAUUAGAGCGAAGGGUCAGAUUGUUCUCAAUGUUGUAUCUAGCAGUAUUGUGGCAUUGUUGUUACCCAAUGGACGAACUGCUCACUCACGAUUCAAAGUUUCACUAAGUGUUAACCAAUAUUUAAUCUCAUUAGACAAGUGCUUAAGGGAUGUUCUUCGUUUUAAUCAUGGCUUUAAGCCUGAUGCUCUGUUCGAUGGCAAAGUUGUUUUUCUUGGCGGUGACUCCUGCCAACCUGUGAUUCCACAUGGUUCUCGGGAGGAUGUUAUAUAUGCAUGUGUUAAUUCUUCAUAUUUGUGGCAUUCUUGCCAUGUUUUACAAUUAAGGGAAAACAUGAGGCACUGUGGCGGAACUUUAAACCUUUGCAAUCGAAAGUUACAGAAAUUUGCUAAAUUGUUGCUUCAGUUAUCAGACAAUUUACUCUUAAUAAUAAGUCACAUGCAUUGCAAGAUCUGGACAAAAUUGCAAGUUAAGCGACUUGAUGAUUAUGUUAUUGAAUGCGUGAUAUUAACUUGCCGUAAUAUUAGUCAUGUUGUAUUUAUUCCAAUAAUGAACAUAGUUCCUAAUAAUAAAACAUUGCCAAUUAGAUUUACAAGGAGACAAUUUCCAGUUGUAUUAUGUUUUGCCAUGACGAUAAACAAAUUACAAGGAUAA